CGAACGUUCGGAUAGCACCUGUCCAGCUAACUUUCCAUAGGCUGCAUUAUGUGUAUGGGGCUGCGCAUGGGUAGAGAUGUCGCUUUUCUCUGGGCGUGUCGAUCAUGGCUAACUACCAGCACUAGCACGUAACGUAGCUGCACUGGAUCGCGGCGACUGUGGGCCUUCAAUCGGUGUAGUGCAGCUCCAAUCGAGUAAGCCGGCGCGCUCCUGUUGAAAAGCUCGAAUGCAUUGUCACGAUCACUUCAUUCGCACAAGCUGAGUGUUGAAAAGAACAUAUUUCCCCCCACCUCCCUCAUUACUUACCGCUCUCCUUUCCCUUGCUCAUCGCCACCACACGCAAGCGGCAGCCGACAGCACGGUCUGCUCUUUCCAGCUCAACAGGUGUCGCCUGCGCUUGCCAGCUGUCCCCAUGGCGUCCCGCCAGCUGUCAGCCCUCCUCCUGGUGCUUGCCCUGACCGCCCAUGUGGCGACCGCCACCUACAUUGGAUACAUCGCGCCUUGCGCCGGGGUCACCACCCGCAAGUGCACAGGGGCCAUUGGGUCACUGACACUGACGGGCAUAACAAGCUGCGCCAACAUCAACGUGGGCUGCUACAAAAGCGUUGGGAGCGGGAACACAUGCGGGUCCGAAGACGACUCGUGCCCGAAGUGCACCGACCUUGGCGGCAGCAUCAAGCUCGAGUGCGAAAAUGAUCUCUGGUUCCUCAAUAGCAACUGCGACAACCCCAAGGCGUACUCCGGAGGGGUCUGCGGCGACCCUCACUUUGCGGCACCGGGGGGCAUCUUUUUCGACUGGCACGGCGUGCGUGACCAGAUCUUCAGCAUUAUCUCUGACACCGACUUCCAGAUGAACGCCCGGUUUGUCGGUGAGCGCACCAACACGGAGAACGUCGAGCACGGCACCUGGAUUGAGGAGAUGGCCAUGGGUUACAAAGACGAGGCUGGCGUGACCCACUUUGUGAGCAUCGGCAUCGACCAGGAGAAGGAGUUCGAGGCCGCUGACGUCUUCUUCUUCACCUUUGACGGGGAAGACAUUCCAGUCGGCUCGGGCACCGCCGAGUACACGUGGACGUCCCCCGACGGCCAGGCGACCAUCACACGCGAGCCCCACAUGCGCGCGCACGCCCGCAUCAAGAUCGACGGCCACUUUGAGGCCACGUUCAGCCCCCGCAUCGAGAGCCGCAUCCAGUUGGACCCUCUUGGCAAGUACCUCGACAUGGACAUGGACCACCUCACCAUCUCCCGCCACGCUCACGGUGUCCUGGGCCAGAUGUUCCGCCCGGACGCCAUCGAGCGCCGGAACGCCGUCACGACCAACGCGACCGGCCACGAGUUCCUGGUGGAGGGCGUCACGUCCGACUACCGCGUGUCGUCGCUGACGUCAGCCGACAGCACGUUCAACCAGUUCGACCUGGCGACCGGCGUCACCGUGCGCAAUGUCAACAUCCUCGAGGACGGCGCCAAGGCCUCGCGCAAGAUGCUGACGUCACCGGCCGUCGACGAGUACGUCACGGUCAGCCCGCAGUGCAGCCAGGAGACGGGGUCGCUGCUGUGCCGCUAGGGCGUGAGACGGACAGACUGUUACGCACUGUCGGUAUUUAUUGGCGUCUAGUGGGAGUGACUGGAAGGGUUUGGUUAGAGCAGCCCAGCAGUGGAAAAAGUCGUAACUUGGAACGGUGGUAACCUACGAAAGCAUUGCAGAGCAAUUGGUGAACGCUCGUGAUUCUGUUCACGAAGACAGUAGAACUUGCACAAACGUAGAUCCGUGCGUGUCGCAACAGAACUUUUCACUGGUCUAGGUUGGAACUGAUGACUUCCAAGCAGUUGGGUCCAGAUGAUAUAACUCGCCGAAAUCCAGAUGAACUGAAGUUUCCGCUAAAUUAGGAUAGCGUUCCUCGUUGGCCUAGUCAGCGUGGGUAUGUCCGACAACGCUGAGUAAACAACCUACUAACUUAUGUGAAACUGAUAACAUUCAUUCGCAUAUGUAAAUCGUCCUCUGCAAAAGGCGGCUG